AUGACUCCUGACGCUGUUGCCAUGACAACGAUCACCCCUUCCCUAUUCGUGGCUAAGGAACAGAUGGCAGACUGUACUAGUCCAGUAGACAAUGUUAGUACCCCAGACUGUACUAGUCCAGUAGACGCUGUUAGUCCCCCAGACUGUACUAGUCCAGUAGACACUGUUAGUCCCCCAGACUGUCAGACUGUACUAGCCCAUUUCCCUGAUCUGAGUGACGGAAACCUUGACGAAGGAAUAUGCCAGGUAUAUCGUAGUGCUACAUGCUCCAAAUUUCUUACUAACAAAACUGUUUUUGUGAGUUCGAUUCACAGUCAAGGGAUUAUGGAAGAAAAAUUGGCGGCAGCGUUUUCAGUGAUUGCUUCUUCACAAGAUGUCUCCUCAGAGUGCCACAAGUAUGCCAUUCCUUCACUUUGCUUCUACGCAUUUCCACUUUGUGAUAAUGCAUCAACACCCAAACCGCGUCAUGUUUGUCGAGAUGAGUGCGAGGUGUUGGAAAACAGCAUCUGUCGACUAGAAUAUUCUAUAGCUAAAAGACAUCCUCUGAUUGGUCAACAGAAAAUUCUUCCAACAUGUGAGGAUCUUCCACCUUUUGGUUCUAAAGCAAGUGAAACGUGUGUACGACUCGGAGUUCCUAAUUCCAUUCAGAAAAAUGAUAAACAUACAUGUUACAUGGGAAUGGGAGACGACUAUCGUGGUACAUUAUCUUACUCCGUGUCUGGUCACAAGUGCCAACACUGGAGUCAUCAGAUCUUCUACCAUACCUCCGAUCAUCCAGAACUGACUGGUGGACAUAACUAUUGCCGUAACCCUGGCCGAACAGAAAGUCAGCCCUGGUGUUUCAUUGCUGACCCGCAAGUCCGAAAAGAGAUGUGUGAAAUUCCUCAGUGUGGUAAGCAACAAGUUUUACUAACUUAUUAA